CGAAUGAGAAAGAAAACAAAUGAAUGUAUCUUUUAUAGCUAUAUUCAACAAUGUGCAUUACGGAAAAAUAUUUCCAUUGUCGUUUAUAUUGACCUCAAAUAAUGAACAAGAAUCUUUUGUUAUAUGGUGAGAUGAGAACGACGGAUUGAUCAUUCUGAUUCAUAGGGCAAUGUAUUAAUCACGUAACUGAAAUCGCUUUUUUCUAUUAUUUUGGGUUCUCCGAUGUAUUCGACGAGCAAUUAUUCGUUGAAUAGAGUAGCGAACAUGCAAGAGAAAAAUAUCAUCUUAGACUAUGUCAUUGCAAUUUGUGAUAAUUUUUCAAAAUAACACCACUUUUAUUUCUUCUCAAAAUAAAUCAAUAAUUAAUGGCAAGAUCUUGAUUUUAUCACAACUAUAAUCACAUUUUAUUUUCGUUAUUUUCUUUUUAUAAAUCUAAAUUUUAAAUAUUUAGAUAAUCAAAAUGCCAAAAUCUUAACGAUCACAACGUAUAACAAUAUCAAAAUCUUCAAAAAAUUAAAAUCAAAUCGUGAUCUUGAAUUAAAACAAGAGUUAGUAAAAAAUACUCGCUCACAUCUUUAUGAAUGCUCACAUUUGUUUGUUGUUCUUCUUUAUAAUGAACAUACAGAUAAAUUACAAACAGUUCGUGCACAUUUUGCACCAUCAGAAUUUCAAGCAAUUCAAGGAAUUCAAGCAUUUCCAGGGAAUUCGAAGGUAUUCAGAGAAAAUGAUGGAAUUCAAGUAAUACCUAACCCUAGACAUCAUCGUUGA